CGAAUUCAAACCUCUGCCGCUGACAGCUGCUUCUUUGGCUCCGUGGAAGGAGCCUCCUUGGAGGGAGCGCCUCGAGGAAGGCCGCAGUGCCCAGGAUCAUGUCAUUUGUCCAGCAAAGAAUCUUGGAUAUGAUUCGGUGUUUUCGAAAGGAAUGGCGCUUAUAUUCAGAUUCUGAAAGGACAACUGUAUGUGGUAUAGACUCCAUGCUGGUGGCUUUGCAGCUAUCAGUUGCAGAAAUCAAUAAAAAGCACCAUGGAGAUUUUAAUGCAUCUCUCAGUGAAGUUGUAUUAUCGUGGAAUUACUUUUUACUGGACAAGCUUGCCGUAUUACACAAAAACAUGGAACCUCCUGAAAACUAUGUGGAAAUCAAAAUUGCUUAUGAUAAUUUUUUAAGAUGCUGCAACAUGCUGGAUCUUAUUGACAUAUAUAAAAAAUGGAGGGCGGUAUCACUGGAAAAUGAAUUUAUAUCUUCUGAACAACUACUAGAAUUCAUUGCAGGAAAAAUGGAUCCAACUAAUGAGAACAAUUCCAUCCUUUCUCCAUCCUCCAUACCAAGUAAUAGAUUGAGCCAGGAUAAUGAAGAGCUCCCACUGAAGGUGAAGAAAAUUCUGUAUGCAUACUUAAGCUUACUAGCUAAUUCCAAGAAUGACCUGGCCUUUGCUUACAUUUUAAACAUCCCUGACAGAGGGCUUGGAAGAGAAGCUUUUACUGACCUAAAACAUGCUGCACGAAAGAAACAGAUGUCCAUAUAUCAGAUGGCGACCUCUUUUAUCCGAACCAUAGAGCUUGGUGGGAAAGGAUAUGCCCCUUCCCCAGAUGAUCCUUUAAGAACUCAUGUAAAAGGCCUUUCACAGUUCAUUCACUUUAUGGAUAAACUGGAGGAAAUCAUUGGUGAAAUUCCAGAUCCAGGACUCGCAGGGGGUCGGAUUCUAUCAACAAUCAAGAUGCAUUUGAUAAAAGGCCGAAACAGCAAGGAUCCCUUUUGUCAAGCAGCAGAGGAAGUUGUACAGGAUUUGGAUUUGAGGAUUAAAAAUAUUAAAAAUUUUCAGCAUGAGGCUAUGGCAGCUAACAGCACUGGAAUCAGUCCAGCCAGGCCCAAAGUGCAUUCUAUAAACCAUGGAACUGCAUACUGUGGCAGAGAUACUGUGAAAGCUUUAUUGGCUCUUCUGGAUGAAGCAGCUGCCAGUCCUCCUCCGAACAGCAAAGCUCAACUGUUGUUUGGUGAAGAAUUUGGAUUCCCUUCUACCAUCUUGCUAUUUAGAUCUCCAGUACAGCCCAGUGGAACUUCUCCAAAAGCACUGAGACAGCGGAUUGAAAUAGCAGCACGUGAAAGAGAACCGAAGCUUAAGCAACCUUUAAUUAGAUCACAGUUUGCUUGCACCUAUAAAGAUGACCAGAUGAUAGCGUCAAAGAAUCAGCACUCCAGCACAUUUCAUAUCCCAUCUUUUGUACAUCCAGCACCAAAAAGACUGGCAGCUCUGUUUGUUCAUGAUGAGCUGACUGAAGAAUAUCCACACCCAAAUCUUGAAAGUGCUGCCCUUGGAACAAGUUCUGGAAAUCUCCAACAGAAUGGAAGUAGAAGUAAAGAAAUAGGAAAACUAAGUGGCAAGCCAAGAAACAACUCAAAAAGGAAGCAGGUGGAUAGGACAAGUGAAAAUGCCAUAAGCGCUAAUGAACAUGAAUCACUUCAACACUUACUCAGUAAGAGACCAAAGACUGCAACAAGUUGCCAGAAUAGUUUGGAUACCAGCAUAAAGAGAGAGAGGAAAUGCAGCAAAGUUUUAGCCAAACAUAAACUGAUUGCUGGUCAAUCAAAACUAACUCAGUUCUUUCGGUUGUAAAUGUUAUUAUUGUAAAAAUGUAUAGAUAUAUCAUCACUUUCUAAACACUGAAAAAUACCUCUAGUAUCUCCUUUAUGAGUGUUUGUGGAAAUAAUAUGUACAGUAUUCUGUGUUUGCAGAAAUGAAUCAACAAGUUUUGCAGAAUUCUUAGUUUUAAUAACAUGCUGUAAUUCUUAUUGAUCAGAGGAUAAUAUGACACAAAAAUAUUCAGGAUCUGGAUGGAUACAUUGGAAUACUUUAAACCACAGGUACAUCUUCAGUGAAAUGUCAAGAAAUUAUUUUAUCUCUUCCAAAUGAUGCAUUUCGGCAGUAAUUUAAACUUGCCCACAAGGUCGAUAGACUCUUCCCAACAUGCACCUAAGCACUGAAGAAAAACAUUCAAGAUGAAUAACUGACAUAUUUGUAUAAAAUGAUUUCAUUUGGAUUUUUAAUUUUAGUUAAAUGUCAACAUGUUUUCCCUGUUUUCAUAUCCUUAAAGUUUUUUGGGGUGAUUUUUUUCUAAAUAAAGUCUAAGAUUUCAAAACCAUUUAAAAAAGAAA